AUGGCUAGUCGUGAUCGUGAUAAAUUUAGAUCACAUCCUUCAGGUCAUCAAAAACGGUUAAAAAAAGCAAAAGUUGAAGCAUUCACGCAAAAACAACGUGCAUUUUUUGAAAAGUUUGUCAGUAAAAAAAAUGAAGUAAACUCGGUUAAUAAAAAUGAUGGAAUAGAAAAUACAGAUAUGGAUUGCGAAAUUCGGGAAGUGUCUAAUGGAAAUGGAAAUAUCACUGGAUUGGAAAAUGUUCAAAAUCUUACACCCCCUCUUGAUGAUGUUCUAGAGACACAAAAUACUUCGAACGAUAGGUAUGUUUAUGAUUUAAAUGAUCCUGGAUGUUGGCCUUCAGAAAUCACCCAUCGAAUAGACAUUUUAGGUGUAGGUGUAAAAAGAAAUCCACAUCAAGAGUUUCCUAUUAAUAAUGAAAACCCACCAAGAAAGUUUACUUCUUAUCAUUUCUAUCGAACUAUGUCUAACGGUGAACGCGUUGAUAGAGAAUGGUUAGUAUAUUCGAAUAAAAAGGAUUGUGUAUACUGCUUUUGCUGCAAACUCUUUUUAAAAAAAAAUUGUACUAGUGGCUUAUCUUUAAACGGUAUCAAUGAUUGGAAAAAUAUAAGUUAUUCUCUUAAAAUACAUGAACAAUCGAUUAAUCAUUGUCAAUCGCUCAAAGAUUGGUUAGAACUUAAAACAAGAUUAUUGACAUCACAAACAAUUGACAAAGAACAUUUAGCGAUGUUAGAAAAAGAAAAGAACCACUGGCGCAAUGUACUUAAAAGAAUUAUAUGUGCCGUGAAAUUUUUAUCUAAACACAAUGAUGCAUUUAGAGGUUCAUCUGAUAAAGUUUGUACAAAAAAUAAUGGAAAAUUUCUUGGACUUAUCGAAAUGAUGGCAUCAUUCGACGAUGUCAUGGCAGAACACAUCCGAAGAAUAAAUAAUCAAGAAACUCAUGACCAUUACCUCGGACCAGAAAUUCAAAAUGAAUUGAUAGAACAAAUGUCGAGUAAAGUACGUGAAAAUAUAAUUAAAAUCAUAAAAAGUGCAAAAUAUUUCUCAAUCAUGAUGGAUUGCACCCCGGACGUAAGUCAUCAAGAACAACUUUCAUUAAUUAUUCGAAUAGUUAAUUUAGAAUUAGAAAGCGAAACUUUAGCACCAAAAAUCGAAGAAUAUUUUUUAGAUUUCAUAAGCGUUGAAUCAACUACUGGUUUACAUUUAACAAACUUACUUGUUUCAAAAUUACAAGAAUAUAAUAUUGACCUUCUGGACUGCUGUGGACAAGGUUAUGAUAACGGAUCAAAUAUGAAAGGACAAUAUCAAGGUGUACAGUCCAGAAUCAAACAACUUAACUCUAGAGCUUUUUUUACUCCGUGUGCAUCACACAACUUAAAUCUAUUACUGGGAGAUAUUUCCAAAAGUUCCACAAAGGCAAUUAGUUUUUUUGGAACAGUGCAGAGAAUAUAUUGUUUGUUUUCUUCUUCAACAAAACGUUGGAGUAUUUUAAAAAAACAUUGCCAAGAACUUACAUUAAAACCCUUGUCUGAAACCCGAUGGGAAUGCAGAGUAGAAAGCGUUAAAGCUAUUCGGUAUCAAAUACCUGGAGUUAUAAAAGCAUUAGAAGAGGUUUCAGAAGUUACUAAUGACCCUAAAACUAAGAGCGAAGCCAAUUCUUUGAUUAGUCAUGGGAUUGGUGACUAUGAAUUUAUUUUAAGCCUAGUUAUAUGGUAUGACAUUUUAGUGCAAGUAAAUAUGGUAAGCAAAUCAUUACAAUCUAUAAAUACAAAUUUGCAAAUGUCGACAAGUAUGUUGAAUAGCUUAUUAGAUUUUUUAAAAAAAUACAGAACAAAUUGUCAUGGAUUUGAAAAUGCGAAAAUUACAGCUAACGAAUUAGCAAAAGAUUUGGAUGUUGAACCAGUAUUUGCUCAAAAAAGAUCUAAAAAAUCUAAAAAAAUGUUUGAUUAUGAGAGCAAUAAUGAUUUACAUAGGAAUAAUGGUGAAGACACAUUUAAACAAGAAUAUUUUAUUGUUAUUCUAGACCAAGCUAUUAUUUCAAUGGAAGAAAGAUUUAUACAAUUUAGGUGGUAUGAAGAGAACUUCGGUUUUUUAUUUAAUAUAAAUAAGUUAAAAGAAAUAAAUGAUGAAGAUUUAAUGAAACAUUGUAAAGAUAUACAACAUAUUUUGUCUUGUGGUGACUCAAAAGAUAUUGAAGCGGUAGAUUUGUAUACAGAAUUAAUUUUAUUUCGAAGUUUGGUUGAAGAAAACAUGACAGCCUUACAAGCAUUGGAAGUGACAAAAAAAGCUCGUAGUUGUUUUCCUAAUAUUUCAAUUGCUCUUCGAAUCAUUUUAACGAUUCCAGUUACUUCUGCUAGUGCUGAGAGAUCAUUUUCAAAACUAAAGCUAAUAAAAACAUAUUUGAGGAAUACAAUGACGCAAAACAGAUUAUCCGGAUUAGCAAUGCUAUCUAUAGAAAAUGAAAUGGCUACAGAACUUGACUUCGACUCAAUAAUUGAUGCUUUUGCAGCUAAAAAAUCUAGAAAAAAAAUGUUUUAA